CCGUGCAUCACCAGUGGUUCCGCGGUAAGGUGUUGCACUUGUGGCCGAAAGGUUGCGAGUUCGAUCCGUGCACAUGGCAGGUGCUUUGACCAGUGAAAUGGUGGCUUCCCAGCGGCAGCCAUCACCGUGCAGCAUUCUUUACUACAGCGUUGUAUGACCUCACGUGACGACGACAAAACAAUACUCCUCACUCACCGAUACGACUACAGGGAACCACGUGUCUACGCCAGUAAACAUCCUCACUGAAAGUAAGAGUGAAGUGGGAGACGGGGGCGGAAGUUGUAUGGAUUACCUGAGAAAAUGAGAAAAGGAAAGAACACUGAAACAAAAAUUAUACAAACAUUUAGUUGCACAUGCUACAGCAACGUUAAAACAACCGGAAUCCCAAAGACGAAUAGACCUGUUAUGCAAAAGGUAAGAAAAUUAUAGUAUCCAAGAUAUUUGACAACUAUUCCAUCAUUAUACGCCAAACAUUCGAUGAGAAAAUGAAACAUUCAAAGUUGUGAGCCAUGAGGGAGUCUGCGUUCCUUGCGUGACCUUUGCAAGUAGGAGUGGGAGGAGGUGGAGUAAGAGUAAGGCAGUGUCAGUGUGAGCUUCGUUCCAUCUCACCACAGCCACUCGUCCGUGUCAAGCUCCUUCCCCUCAACAGAAAACACCGCAAAACUCGACCAUAAAACAUUACACGUGAUACACGAAGCGAUGAAGUUCUCUGUGAGGCAAAGACGCUACUGGUCACUAAUGGAUGAGUGAGAGAUAAACAAAUGUAAGAGGCGAGAGAGACAACAGGUGAAAAAGUGACAGAGCGGUCAACAACCGCCGCUGAUUCGUAAACAGACAUCACUCAGUCUGUACAGUCAUAAUGUGGUAACUUUCCAAUAGUUGACUCAUGUGGUGCCUCGUGAGGAAUGCUCGGGGGAGAGGAGGGUGAUCGGGAGUGAAUUCUCGAAAUAAUCGAUAAACAUCUUAACGUCUCUACUCAUUUGGUGUGACCGUCAAAAUUCACUUUCAUUCGUCCACGUCCCUGUCGCUUUCAUUCACGCAAAAUACAGUACGAUUAUGCACCAGCAAUAUUUGGAAGAAGAAUGCCAGCGUCACAACAACCGACGUGUCAAGUAAACACUAUUCUCGUUAUUUCAAAUGUCACAUUCUCGGUAGUUAAAUCUUAAUUGAUUAUGCCACUCUCAUAGUAGCAGCUGCGAUUCCGUAUUCUUUUCACCUUUAUUCAUUUCUUUCCUUACCUCAGUAACAGUAUUAUUAAAUGCAGUGUGCUUACAUUGUCACACACACUCUUUACGCUGACUGACAAGAUUCAUACCAAGUGCCGUUCAUUCCUUCUGCUCCCUCACUACUUGGGCUGCUAUGGAUCCUACUCUUGUAGCUCAACGUAGCAACACUUCCAACUCCUAGCCUACAACAUCGAUUGCCCUUACCACUACUAACACAACAGUACCAGGUAAAAAGUCCUUAUACUACUACUACUACUACUACUACUACUACUACUAGAAUGAAUACCAUGCUGGAUUACCCUCUGCACUUCCCCGGGAGCAACACAACACUACCUUGGGCACAGACGGGAAUGUCCUUGGCUGUGGUGCUUGUGGCUCUCAUGGUGUUGGUGCUGAGCUGUUGUGGUGCUGCUGCUCUCUUCCUGGCAGCCUGCUGUGGGAACCGGAGGAGAGACACCGUGGCCGAGAGUGGAGACUCCCGCUGGUUGCCUGGAAUAGGUCUCAUUGACUACGUCCCCGUUUCCAACAGGUCGUCGGUUCGGGUGUCUCUCUUGUUGUCUGACAGCAUGCAGGACCUGGAGGGAGGCGCAGACGAGUCUCACACACCUGCCAUCAGUUCCAGUCAUGUCCCCCACCAGUCGCCGUCACUCUCACAGCAGUACAGGGCAGGUGCCUCGGCAUCUGCUCAGCAUCUUUACACUGCUGCUGCUUUGCCUGAAAAGGAAGUUCGUGUCUCACAUUCAUCACAAGCUUUCCCAUCGAGUUCCUUCUCCCAAGCGUCCAUGAACUCUUUAGAAUACAACAAAGAUCAAGAGUUUAGCGAAGAAGACUCUAAAGCAACUCUUGAGACAGAGCAGCAAGCCAAGUCCUCCCUUGAGCCCCAGUCACCAACCACGCCACUGCAUCUAUCAACACCCACUACGCCUUUGUCAGCUUUAAGAGUACCUCAUCAUGGUUCCUUGUCCUCACUGCCAUUUGUUUCCUCACCAACGUCUGGGGAUUAUUUUACUGUUAUCAACACUGGCAAAAAUAGUAAUGCAUCAUCAUCAGCACCACAACCACUAGCACCUCCACCACCAUCAGCAUCAUCACCACCACUAGCACCUCCACCAUCAUCAUCAAUAUCAUCACCACCACUAGCACCUCAACCACCAUCAUACACACCACCACCACCACCAUCAACAUCACCACCAUCAUCAUCACCACCACCACCAAUAGCACCUCCACCACCAUCAUCAACACCACCAAAAUCACUACCACCACCACCACCACUACUAGCACCUCCACCACCAUCACUACCAGAACAGCACACUGACUCUGUCUCGUUAAAGACUCUCAUGUCGCCGACUCAGUCAGAAAGGUGGUCCAUCCUUCCUCGCCUGGGACACCCUGUCAAUAGAAACAAGUGAGACGAUUCUUAUCCUAGAUGCUGAGGAUCCAUACUCAUCAUGGCGGAAAAUGAAAUGUUUUGGUGUUAUUUAUACAAUGUCCAUGUGAAUAAUAUACUACUUUCAUACUUAACCCCUUGAGUAUCUUGACACGUUUCCAUAUUCAUUCUGGUUACAAUCUUCAGCUUCAGAAUAUGUGGAAGGAUUAAAAUAGUGAAGACUGUGGCUAUUAAUCUUCUGACUUUCAUAGACUCUUCCUAAUGUCAAUAAAAUGGUCUAAUUGUACACACAUCUCAAGGUAAAAAUGUGUCCCAGUUUUGAAGAAGUUAAACAAAUUCUUCACUUUGAAGCUCUUCGAGGGCGCUUGUAAACCAUUUGUGGGUCUGCCUAUCGGUAUAUCCUGUUGAGGAUUUGCUGGGUUCCAUGUGGUAACUCUUUGUGACAAUGCUCUGACCUAACAAGCCACAGAAACCCGGAGAAAAAAUAACACGUAGUGGCAGUGUUUCCGAGGAGUUCCUGGCACUGUCUGUUCGUUGUUGGGCAGCGGGUCUAGAAUCAGACUCUGGAGACGCACACUACUGCCUGAGAACACGUAACCACUGCAGUUUUUUUUUCUUUCAUACUUUAUACAUCAGUUAAAUAAAGAAGAAUGCUUUU